AUGCUCCGUCUCCUCUCUCGCCCCAUUCGCUCCCCUGCGCUCCCCCGCAUCGCCCCACUGUACAGAACGAUGGCCAGCACACCCGCAUACAACAAGGUGCUCUAUGCUCCCCUCGCGGAGAUCGACCCCGAGGUGCAGAACAUCAUCGACAAGGAGACCUGGCGGCAGUUCUCUGGGCUCGAGCUCAUCGCGUCCGAGAACCUGACGUCCCGGGCAACGAUGGAGGCCAACGGCUCGAUCCUGACCAACAAGUACUCGGAAGGUCUCCCCAACGCGCGCUACUAUGGCGGCAACGAGUACGUCGACGAGCUCGAGAUUCUCUGCCAGAAGCGUGCCCUCCAGGCGUUCCACCUCGACCCCGCUCAGUGGGGGGUGAACGUGCAGCCUUACUCCGGCAGUGUACGGAUACUGACGGGACGCGUUGUAUGCAGCUUCGCCGCGCUCACUGCGCUCAUCCAGCCCCAGGACCGUCUUAUGGGCCUUGGCCUCCCAGAUGGUGGCCACUUGACGCAUGGGUACUACACCGCGAAGAAGAAGAUGACCGCGUCGUCCAUCUACUUCCAGUCGCUUCCUUAUGGCUUGGACCCUGCGACUCAGCUCAUCGACUACCCCGGUGUCAAGUCGCUGGCAAAGAUUUACAAGCCGCGUCUUCUCAUCUGCGGUGCCUCUGCUUACCCCCGUGACUGGGACUACAAGACGCUCCGCGAGAUCGCUGACGAGCACGGCGCGUACCUGAUGGCGGACAUUGCACACACCUCCGGCCUCGUCGCCGCGGGUGAGCUCGCGGACCCCUUCCAGUACUGUGAUGUCGUCACUACGACAACCCACAAGACGCUCCGCGGUCCUCGUGCAGGUCUGAUCUUUUUCAGGAAGGACACCGAGAGGACGAAGGAUCUCGAGAAGCGCGUCAACGAUGCGGUAUUCCCCGCGUGUCAGGGCGGUCCCCACAACAACACCAUUGCCGGUAUCGCGACGGCCCUCCAUCAAGCGUGCCAGCCCACAUGGAAGGAAUACGCGAAGCAGGUCAUCGCGAACGCCUCGACGCUCGGCUCCGAGCUCGUGAACUACGGCUACAAGCUCCAGACCUCAGGAACGGACAACCACCUCGUGCUCUGGGACCUUCGCCCGCUCCGUCUGACCGGGAGCAAGCUCGAGAAGCUUUGCGAUCUUGUUGGCAUCACCAUCAAUAAAAACGCAGUGUCUGGUGACGCGUCCGCACAGGUGCCGGGCGGUAUCCGGCUGGGUACGUCGGCGCUCACGUCGCGCGACAUGACGGAGGAGGACAUGAAGGUGGUCGCUUCCUUCCUGCACCGCGCGGUGCAGCUCGCGGACGUGCUCCAGAAGGAGGCUGGCUCGAAGUUGCUCAAGGACUUCGUCCGGGUGGCGACCACGCCCGAGGAGGGCAAGGUCGGCGCGGCGCAGGUCAAGGCACUUGGCGGCGAGGUGCGCGAGUUCGCGCGCAAGUGGCCGCUGCCGGGUGUCGACGUCUCGACGCUCGUCCGCCCCGCUGGGAUCGAGGAGGACUAG